CACACACCACACACAGACCCCCCCCUCUCCUUCCUCCUCUCUGGUCAUGCCGCCCUGCCUUGCCUUACCUCACCCUGCCUUAGGCUAGCUCAGGUACCUACAUCACUGUACUUUGCCCUUACCUCGUCUGACCCUUCUUUUCUUUACUGCCUCCCAGUACUCGACCGACGGGACCUGCUCCGAGCACAGGUACACCUCAACCUCGACCUGUUCUUCACCUCAUCAGGUUUUCUCGUGCGAAAGGCUCGAAAGGCCACAGCAAACUACCCCUCUUCACCAUCUGCCUCCCUCCGCUACCUUGCCACGGGUUUGCCGCCGGCUUUAGUAUAUUAUUUAUCGUCGUCGACACCCAUCACCGCCAUCACAUCGACUCAAGUCGCAACCCUCACCGUACUUUGGAGCUUUCAUUCUUGUGCCCGUCUAGAUCUUCGUCACACGCAAGGCUACAAACCAUUACGUCAGGUUCUUGGUCCAACAGUCGGGCCAUUUACACGACAGACGCUUCACUGCC